CGUGGCUCGCUUUAACCUUUUGCGCUUUUGCUCUUUUUGUAAGCUGUAACCACAUUUAGCUAGCUAGCUAGGUCAUCACUCAGCUCCUGCAGAUCUCCAGACAUUCCAAACUGUACGUCUGCACCAGCCUCUGCCCGACACCGCGAAAAGCGAGCUGCUUGGACUCGUCAAUGGCGUCCGUCCGUUCAUGUCCAUGUCAUCGAUCGUAGGCCAUACGAGGAUCCUCUACGGCUAAAUCACUCUUAACCAUGGUCUUGAUGCUGACACACACAUGUGCGGCACCUCGCAGAAGGUGACCGCAGUCGAUCAGAGGCUGGGCUGGAGAUCAACCUCUCCUUUCGUGCCAUGCAUGAGCCAUGGACCAUUGAGAAUGGAGCUCGGCAAGUAAACUAGUGGCCGGAUCAGAAGGAUGAGCAAUAAGAGUGAGACCCAGGGCCUCGAUGGGUGAGACCACCGGUCGCUCUUCUCCAUGAAGACCUAGGGGUUGCCUUUGAGAAAGCAGAGGAGGUCACUGUGUCAUGCACAUAACUAGGUAGGGUCGUAGAGGUCUUAUAGCUUAGCUUAUUUAGAUUGCAACAACAGCAGCAGGAACGAAUCUCUCUUGAGCACCGUCUUUAACCUUUUCCCUUCAUCACAUCCUGCCCCCUGCUCGAUCUUUACGCUUUUUGUUAGGGUUGUUGCUUGCCUCUAUAAGAAGACUGCUCCUGCUCUCGUCUUAUUCCCUUCUUCUUCUUCCUCCCAUAUCGAUCCUGGAUCGAAAGCCGGCCGACGACGGCAUAGCUAUAGUAUAGCAUCAUCAACCAGACAGAACAACCGCCAGUUUCUUCCAUGGAGAGCACGGAGCUGAAAGUGGAGAUGGUGGCAUUGCAUGAGAAGCGGGUACGCAAAUGCCUGUCCAAAGUGAAAGGGAUCGAGCGGGUGGAGGUGGAGGCGAGCCUGCAGAAGGUGGUGGUGACGGGGUGCGUGAACCGGAGCAAGAUCCUCAAGGCGCUCCGCCGGGUGGGGCUCCGCGCCGAGCCAUGGUCGCCGCACAACGAGCUGCUCAGCGCCUACGCCACCACCACCCUCAUGUUCAACAACUCCUACGCCUUCUUCUGAAACAUCAAUUCCAGUCGUAUCUCUGCUGAUCCAUCAUACGCAUCUCUCGAUCGAUCGCCAGUCUCACUCUCACCACCACCGUACCUCCACAUAUAUAUAUAUAUAUAUAUAUAUAUAUAUAUAUAUAUAUAUAUAUAUAUAUAUAUAUCGAGAUCUCGAUCGCCAGGCCGGUGGUCUGCAGUACAGAUGGAGGACGACGAACCUGCACAAAGCAGAUGGGGACUAGCUGUAGUUGGAUCCUUCUAGCUAGCUAGCUAGAGUAGUAGCUUCUUUUUUUCUCUCUCUUUGCGUGCUUGGCUUGCUUGGGUUUGUUGGGAACGUGCAUCAAGACGUACGUACGUUCCGCGUGUAUGUACACAAAGACGGCAUUUUAAUUUCUCUUUCUCUUGGGGCAGCAAACUAACGCUACUCAGAUGUAAUGUGUGGCUGUGCGUGUGCAGUGCAGUAUACUAGCAUCCACACAUAUGUCGAGGCUGCAACCAAGCAGGUGUAAAACGUUGUGAAUCUUGGCAAGAAUUGAGCCGGCCGGUGCCAUGAUGCAUGCAUGGUUCGUCGGUCAGUUUCGAUAUGAGAACCACCAUGCUUGAAUCUUGGCAAGAAACUCUGCAUUGCACAAUUGCAGCGUUGUUGCCGGGCCAGGGGCCACGAUCAGCUAGAGUCCAGUCCAGGUGGGCUGGGGGCGGCGCACACCGGUUAAGGCCCAAAAGAACCAGCCCAUCAGGCCUGUUUUCCCUUCUGCCCUCAAGGGAUCCCGCGGUCAAAGCAACGUGCCUGAGCUGUUGACCGAGCGCCAUGGCAAUCGGAGAUUGCGGGGUGCUCGGUGGCGCCGCCCGCGGUGGUCGCCGGCGAGUGCCUUGUUUCGGAUCGCGAUCAAAGAAUACUAGAACAUUGCGCGGCGUUG